CCUGCAGCGGUACUCCCAAGGAGCAAGAUAGAACUCUCAAGAUAGAACUCUCUAGGGAGCUUUCUUCUCCCUCAGCAAACGGCGUGGCGUGGCGUGGCAUCGUCGUCUGACGGCGUUCUCGGGGGCCAUUAACCGCCCUCUUAGCUUCGUCUGAAAUGCACGGUGUUGUAGUAACGUCAACGUUCGUUGUUGCAGCAGACCCCAUCGGUGAUCCCCGUCAGCGGCUGUGUGACAGUGGCUAGCCCUAGGUUAUCCUGUGGAAAGCAUUGACGUUCGUGUAGUGGUUAACGAGGUAUAUUUCUCGCUUCAAGCGUUGACUUUCAUGUCGUUAAAAGACUUUGUCCGUUUCGCUGACAGAUAUAGAAGUGGCCAUUUCUCUCUCCCAGGGUUCUCGAGCGUCUGUCUAGUAACGGCCGACUCAGAGAUCAGUCCAUAAGACAGUCUCGUAAUUUAUAUCCAAUUAGCCUCUAAUUAUGGAGCCAGACGACCCGGUGUUAGUUGUGCUUAUAGCGAGCUGCAUGACCCUCUCUCAGUUCGCGGUUCACCUACAAGAAGACGCCACUCCAGGCGGCGCUUACAUAAAUAAUUUCAACAUUCUCGUUCGAUCCGCGACGCUCAUCCACGCGUUUCUCGAGAGCUGCAAGGGCCACCGCGGGUGGGGAGACUCCGCGGAUGAAGCCAAGAGGGCGUUUCAGGAGUUGGAGGAUGUGCUUCGGCGAUGUACUCGGGUCAUGCAGCGAUGCCUGAGCGCGCGCAGCAGACUGCUUCAGCUGGUAUCCGGGAGCCCAAUGAGCACAACCGACUUCAGCACCGUGCAUGACGGGCUGGCUGCUUGCCUGUCAUCCGUUCCGUCAAGAAACUUGCCUGCUGACGUUAAGGAGCAGCUGGCGUCGAUCCAGGAACACCUACAGACAGCGUGCUUCACAGAGCUGCUGUCGCCGCAGGUCAACCGGCAGUUUGAGAUCCUCGUGCACAGCGAUGCCUCUGCUGCAUCCCGUGAAGACUCCCCUGCCUGCCCUGAUCGCAGCAGCAGCAGCGGCAGCAGAAGUAGCAGCAGCGGCAGCAGAAGUAGCAGCAGCAGCAACAGCGGCAGCAAGAGCAGCACCACCAGCAGCAUCAGCAGUAUCAUCAGCAGCAGUGAAAACUGCAGUAACACCAGCAGCAGCAGCCGGAGUAGUAACGGUGACAGAAAGAGCAGCCGGAGCAAGGGCCACGGCGGUAGAGGAAGCAGUGACAGUGGUGGCUGUAGCAGUGGUAGUAGUACUAUUGCCAGUAGCAGCAGCAGCAGCAGCAGCAGCGGCGGCGGCGGCGGCGGCGGCGGCAGCAGCAGCAGUGUUAUGUUUAGAAGCUGCAGCACUAGCAGCAGCAGGCGACAGAUAGUGCAGAGUAUGGACACAGUGGAAGAGGCGGAGGAGGAGGGGGGGAACGGUGAGUUAGAGGUCAAGGCGGAUGAGGUGAGGGAAUGUGAGAAGGAAAAAGGGGAGGAAGAGGAUGACAAGUCAACGAUGGAUUCAAAGGACGAAGAUUCAAAGGAGGCCGAGAAGGAAGAGGGGGAAGAGGAUGAUGGAGCUCAGACUACUGGGUCCCAGCAUGCAAUUUCUCCGAGGGAAGAAGCAGAUGAGGAGGGCGGAAGCAUAGGGGAUGUUGCGUUAGCUGCGGUUCUGGGGUUUGUAGAGGAUAAGUACUGGGUGGAGGGGAAUGUUCUUGGUACUACUGGGAACAGAGAACAGGGAGGAAAGGGGGAAGGAGGAGACACGGAAGGAAAGGUAGGAGGGGAGAAGGAAGAUGGGAGAAUUGAGAAGCGAGAGGAGGGAGGUGCGGAGAAGACAGAAGGAAAGGGGCAACAGGAGAAGGAAGGGGCAGCAGAGUGUGCAGCAGGGAGGCUGGCAAUCCUGCUUGGGUUAGACUCAGUCACGUCAUUUGAGGAGGAGAGGGAGGCUCUGGCGUUAGAAACACGCAGGGCGGAGGAGGCAGGGGAUGAGCAGCGGGCAUGCAUGGUGGAGCAGGUGAGAGAUGGGGCAGCAGGAGACGCAGGUGAACGAGGGCCAGGUGGAGAUGGAAGCGUAAAGAGGGGUGGAAGAGGCGACAGCAGGUUUCCAAGAGAACAGGGUGGCAGGGCAGGGGCAGGAGGAGGGAAGGAGGGAGCAGCAGGAGCAGGAGGAGCAGCAGGUGGAGCAGCAGCAAGGGCGUUUAUCACCCCGGAGUAUCUUGCUGCUGUGAAGGGGCGGAGGAGAGAUGGCAGGGAGCUGGUGUCGCCCAAGCAUGUGUCGCCGAGAGAGCACAAGUCACCAAGAAACAAGAUUGCACCAAGAGAUCAACUCAGAUCGCCUAGAGAUCUCAAAAUGCAUAGAGAAAAUAAGUCGCCCAGAGAUGUCACCGCCCCUCUCACUGCCCCUCUCACCGCCCCUCACACUGCCUCUCUCACUGCCCAUCCUGCUGAGCCCCGUCCACCCCAGCGCUUUGUCCCGCCUCCAGCGCUGCACAUCAGCACCUCGUUCGACCACUUGCCGUCUCUCGACGCCCUUGACCCCCUCGCUCCUGCCUGUCUGCCAAGCCCGCCCAUAUCCCCCUGGACCGUGCCCCCUUCGCCCUGGGACCCCACUGCCAUGGUCCAUGCCUCUCUCUUCAGCCCUGUGGGAGUUACCAGUUCUGGGGUUGGGGCGGAGGGUGGGGGGCGGGGUGUGAGUGUGCCCCCUUCCCCCUGGGACCCCACUGCCAUGGUCCAUGCAUCUCUCUUCAGCCCUGCGGGUGUUGCCAGUUCUGGGGGUGGGGGGCGGGGUGGGGGGCUGGGCGGUAGUGUGCCCCCUUCGCCCUGGGACCCCACUGCUCUCGUCAACGCCAGUCUCUUCAGCCCUGUGGGGAUAAAUAGUUCCAUGGGGUUUGAGGUGUCCGGUCGUGGGAGGAUGUCCAGUCCUGGGGGGAUCAUCAGCCCUGCAGCAAUGGCAAGCCCUCACUCCUCCAUCUUUCACUCUACUGCUGCUGCUGCUGUGGCUGCUGUUUCCGCCGCUUCCCCUGCGUCAGCUCUGGCGGCAUCAUAUGAUCUUAUGUUUCCUGAUCUUCACAAUGGCUUCAUGGUUGAUGCCACUGCUGGUGAUGCUGCUGCUGCUAGUAGCUCCGUUUCUCUGCUCAAUCCCUUGUCCUUCCAGUCUAGUCCAUCCCCGUUGUUGGCAGACCCUUUAACAGCCACCUCCCCAUCCGUUCCUGUACCUGGCUAUCAUACUGUUUCCCGCCGACGAACUAAGGACAGGCAUGAUCUGCAGCAGCAGCAACAGCACAAGCAUCAGCACCAGAACCAGCACCAGCAACUCCACACCGCUUCCCAAUCGCUCUACCCCUUCCCUGCCUCCCAUCUACCUCUUUCUAUGGACGCCCUUCUCUCUCCCUCCACAGCAGUAUCCUCCCUCGCAACCUCUGCCCCUUCUCUCCUAUCUCCCUCCUCUCAAGCCGCCGUCCUCCUGUCCCCUAGGGACAUCUCAAAGCUGGGCGGCAGCGGUUUGUCCCCAGCUGAGCUGGCACAGAUGAGUUAUCAGGGCAGGGACUGCUGGAGGGAGGGGGCUGCUGGCGCAGGUGGUGCUGGGGAAGGUGCUACUGGUGCUGGUGGUACCGGUACUUGUGCAGGUGGUGGCAGUAGGCGCAGCAAGAAUAAGCCGUUUGGCGAGGAGGAGGAGAAAGGGAGGAGAAACAGCACGGGAGCAGGGCAAAGAAGCACAGAGGAGAGAGGAAGACAGAGAACAGAGGAAACGUCCCCACGUCCCCCACCAGAUGCUGCCAAGUUUCUGCCACCCAUGAGGCGGGUUCGAGGGGCGGUGGAGCAGGAGAAGGGCGGCAACCCGAGCUUCCAGCGGUGGGCUUUAACUGGCUCAGACGAGUCUCCUGAGGAGAAUAGAGACUUAGGAGGAGAGAUGAGAGACGUGGGAAUGAGUGAAGACUUAGGGGGGGUUGAUGGCAUCAGAGAGGCGAGAAUGAAGCGGCUGAUGAAGCAUGCACGAGAGGCUGUGGAGGGCUCUGGGUGGGAGGCUGGGAGUGAGAGCAGUGGGUUUCAUGGGGUAGGGGGGAGGGAGAGUAGCAGGGUGAAUGGCAUAGGAGGGUGGGAGGAUGGCAGGCGGCAUGGUGUAGCAGGGAGGGAAAGGAGGGGAGGGAGGUCACCUCGCUCCCCUGUUGCGGCGCAUAGGCUUGGUGGUGGUGGAAAGGGCGGUAAGGAUGGUAGAGGAACCGGUGGGAGCAUUGGCUCAAGUGUCGAGGGCACUUUUAGCGCCAGCUCUGGCAGCGUUGGCAGCGGCAUUGAUGCUCGGAUCGGCAGCAGCAUUGGCAGCACCUUUGGCAGCAGCGGUGGGUAUGAGGGGGAGGAUUUGAGUGAGCAGCUGGAGCUGAUCAGCGCGCAUCUGGAGCAGGUGUAUCUGCAGGGGCAGGGGCGGGAGGCAGAGGGAGAGAUGGCAUGGCGGGAGGGGAGCAGGGGCUGGCAAGCAGGAGUGAAGAAAAGCCAGCAACGCGAAAAGCAGAGGCAGCAGGAGAAGAGAGGGGGUCUGGAAGAGAGGCUGAGAGAGGAAAUAGCGUUGGCUGAAGGUGGUGAGAAUGGGAAUGAGACCUCGUUUGAUGGGUUCCCAGUCAUCGGCCCUUCUCUGUCAGAGCUGCCUCACCCUCGCUCUCAUCCUUUCCCUCGCUCCCACUCGCGCUCCCACUCUCACACUCAGUCUCACCCUCACCCUCACCCUCACUUUCACUCCCACUCCCUCUCUCACCCUCAUGUCUCAACGGACUGGCUAGACCCCACGCAGCAGACGAGCAGCCGGGGUGGGAGCACCCAACGAAUCCCAGAUAUCGACAGGAAGACCAGCAACAGCCCCAGGGAUCAACGAACCCUACGAAUCGAUACGACUUUUGAGUCGGCUCACCAGACGAGCAGCAGAGAUGAUGGCAGUCAAAGGAUCCCAGGUAUUGACAGGAAGGAGAGCAGCCCCAGGGAUCACACCAUUCACAGGCGCAGGACCACCCCAAGAGACGGGAGUAGCCCUCUAGGUCCGACUAUCUCAAGGGAUCCGGAUUCUUGUAGAGAACAUAUAAGCCCUAGGGACCACAGAAGCCCCAGAGACCUCAUUAGCCCUAGAGAUCACAUAAGCCCUAGGGGCCACAAAAGCCCUCGGGAGCAGACGAGCCAUAAAGUGAAAUGCAGCCCCAAGGAGCGUACUAGCAGGAAAGAGCUGCCGAGCCCUAGGGAGAGUUCUAGCAAACGUGAGCAGCCGGGCCCAACGGAGCAUACUAGCAAGAGAGAACACCCCAGCCCAAGGCAUUUGGGGAGUCUGACUGCCAGUCUGGUCGCAGAAACACAGCACAGGAUUGGGUCCCAGCACACAGAAAUACCUUCCCUAGAUGCGCCUGUACCGAGUGGUUCCUCCCUGGAUGCGCCUUCCCCAGAUGUACCUGCACCAGAUGUGGUUUCCAUUGACCCCAGGGCGCCAGCGCAGGUGGUGCAGAGGCUGCUGUGCGGGACGAGAGCGGAGCAGGGGAAGGCGGCAGGGGUGAUCGGGUGGUUCUGUGCCGCCUCUGCUGCUAACAGAGCGGCCUUUAGAGAGGCGGGUGCUGUAGAGGCGUUGUUGCCAUUGGCAGCUGGUGGUGGCGGUUCUGGUGCUGCUGGUGGGGGCUUGGAUGGUGAAUGCGGCAGCACAAAUGCAGCGAAUGCAGCCCUGGGUGCGCUACUGAGUCUCUCGUCGGAUGCCGAGUGCAAGGAACGGCUGCUGCAGCACCUUGCGCUUCUUGUUCAGGUCCUCAGGCGCUCCUCCUUCUCCCCGGCAGCGCAGGCCCGAGCCAGCAGCAUCGUCAGCAACGUGGCCUCCCUCUCCCCACAUGCCUGCUCGCUGCUCGUGCAAGCCGGGGCGCUCAAGUACCUUCUCAGGCAACUGGGGAAGGGGGAAAGGGAGCGAGGGGCGGGGGAGAAGACAGGUCGUGCGGGGGAGGAGAAGACACGGGGAGAGACCGGAGGGGAGAGCAGAGGGAGCAGAGGGACUAGUGGAGUAGGGGCGGUGGAAAGUAUGGCAAGGCAAGCAGCAGCGGAGGCAGUGGCAGGCCUCUCCCUCUCUGAUGCCUGCUGCUCCUACCUCGUCUCACAUGGCUCCAUCCCCAUCCUCGCCCACACCCUCCACUCAGCCAUCCACACCGUUCCCACAAUGGACUGGACAGCUGCCCACGCUGUCUGCGCCACACUGGCCAGACUAGCAGGUUUGUCUCAGGAGAACCUUUUGAGCCAGGCAAAGGAGGCAACGCAGGCCAGGGAGAGCUUGGGAGAGGCCAUCCCUGCGUUUCUGGACGUGCUCACAGCAUAUCCAUUGCAUGCCUCAUCCUCGGGGCCUGCUGCUGAUCUCACGCUGUCUCCUGGAUCGAGCCGGUCUAGUGGUGUGAGAAAGGAGGGGGGGAGGAGUGAGGAGGCAGUGAGGGAGGCGCUGAAGGCACUGCUGGCGAUGGCAGGGUGCGGGGCGGAGCACCGGAGGAGCAUGAGGAGCCAUGGGGCUGUGUGUGCGCUGCGAGAGGUUGUGCGGUUCGGACCAAAGGACGUGCAGGGGCAGGCUAUGGACCUCCUACAAUCACUUUUCAUAUGAACUAUGUAGUGAUUGGCAGAGUUAGCCCACACAAGCAAAAUUGUACAUUGCGUAGGACGUACACAUGGUACUAUGUACGUAUGAUUCUCAUAAACUAUCCAUUGUACAGUUCAUUUAUUUUGUCAGCAUC